AUGGCAAAGGUAGCACAUGAUCCAUCCUCACUCAUCGACGGCGGGGAAACCAUAAGAGUAAGACCAGUUCCAGAUUCAUCACUCCAUGUGAACGGUGGAGAUGACGCUUACAGCUACACCAGGAACUCCUACUAUCAGAGACUAGCUGCAAAUGUGGUUAAGGAAAAAAUCAAUGGAGCAAUUACAAUGAAGCUUGAUGUGGAAAAGCAUUCUUGUAGAUCGAAUACAAUUUGUGUUGCAGAUUUGGGAUGUGCUGUUGGGCCAAAUACCUUCGAUGCAAUGCAAGAUAUUCUGGAGUUCAUUAAACAGAAGUACAAGCUUCAAUGCCCCAAGUCUAAAAUGCUUGAGUUCCUGGUGCUUUUCAACGAUCAGCCCUCCAACGAUUUCAAUGCACUCUUCACGUCUUUCCCACAGGAAAGGCCAUAUUUUGCAGCCGGCGUGCCCGGUUCUUUCCAUCGGCGAUUAUUUCCGGAAUCCUCCAUCCAUUUUGUGCAUUGUUCGUAUGCACUCCAUUGGCUUUCCAAAUUGCCGCAAGAGUUGUUAGAUAAGAAUUCUCUUGCAUGGAACAAGGGGAGGGUUCACUACACAAAUGCCCCCGACGAAGUUGUCAAGGCUUAUGCAUCUCAAUUUGCAAAGGACAUGUUGGACUUUCUAGAUGCUAGAGCAAAGGAGCUUGUGAUUGGAGGGAUGAUGAUCAUGAUCAUGCCAGGUAUGCCUGAUGGGAUGACUUAUUGUCAGCUGGCAGCUAGUCUGAUGUAUGAUUUUAUGGCAUCUUGCUUCAUGGAUAUGGCAAAUGAGGGAUUGAUAAGUGAAGAUCAGGUGGAUUCCUUUAACUUGCCUAUAUAUACCCCGUCUCCGGAGGAGAUGACCGCUCUGGUAGCCAGAAAUGGGCAUUUUAGCAUUGAGAGCUUGGAGUUAACCAACCCAGCUUCCUUGGUGGAUGGUGCAGUCGACAUAAAUGCUUGGGUAAUUCAUGUAAGGGCAGCAAUGGAGGGAAUGUUGACCAAACACUUUACCGGCGACAGUAUCGAUGAAAUGUUUGAACGGCUGACCCAAAAACUAUUAAAGUUUUCCGAACAGGUGGAAUCAGGAUACAAGGAACGAACUCAGCUACUAGUUGUUUUAAUACGAAAAUGA